GUGAAUGCGGGCAGCAUGCAGACGCCCGGCCUCUUGCGCGCUAGGAUGUGGCGGAGUAGGGCCAGGAGCUGGUGCGUGUUGGAGCCUCGGCCCCCGGGGCAACGGUGGCUGGUGGCUGGCCUGGGGAACCCCGGACUGCCCGGAACGCGGCACAGCGUAGGCAUGGCGGUGCUGGGGCAGCUGGCGCGGCGGCUGGGUGUGGCGGAGAGCUGGGCGCGCGACCGGCGCUGCGCCGCAGAUCUCGCCCUGGCUCCGCUAGGGGAUGCCCAGCUGGUCCUGCUCCGGCCGCGGCGGCUCAUGAACGCCAACGGUCGCAGCGUGGCCCGGGCCGCGGAGCUGUUCGGGCUGACUGCCGAGGAGGUCUACCUGGUGCAUGAUGAGCUGGACAAGCCUCUGGGGAAACUGGCCCUGAAGCUGGGGGGCAGUGCCAGGGGUCACAAUGGAGUCCGUUCCUGCAUCAGCUGCCUCAACUCCAGUGCAAUGCCCAGGCUGCGGGUAGGCAUCGGGCGCCCGACGCACCCCGACGCAGUGCAGGCCCACGUGCUGGGUUGCUUCUCCCCUGCUGAGCAGGAGCUGCUGCCCCUACUCCUGGAUCGCGCCACCGACCUGCUUCUGGACCACAUCCGUGAGCGGAGCCAGGGGCCCUCAUCCAGCCCCUGACACCCAUGGGCAUGGCUCCUGUUGACUGCAGUGCCCACAACCUACCCACGGCCACAAAGAUGCCAUGCCAAGCUGUGGUAUCCACUGUUUAUACAACUCUUCUCUGGGCUGCUCCAAGCCACCUAAAGAUUAAAGGUGGGGGUGGGGAACUG